AUGAGUGAUUGUGUUCAAGUUAAUUUACGAAUUACCACAAAUAGUAAUCAAGGUGGUCGAAAAUACAUGGAAGAUACAUAUGCAAUAGCUCUUCAACGUUUAAAUCCAUUAGAUAAAGAAAGUCCAAUUUCACUGGCUUAUUUUGGUAUAUUUGAUGGACAUGGUGGAAAAGAAGCAGCUGAAUUUGCUCGACAAAAUUUAUGUCAACAUAUUCUUGAACAAGAUGAUUUUUGGUCAGAAAAUUCUAAUGAUAAACAAAUAUUAUCAGCUAUUCGAAAAGGUUUUCUUUCAUGUCAUAAUGAUAUGUGGAAUCAUGUUGAAAAAUGGACAAAAACAUCAUCUGGUUUAACAAGUACUUCAGGUUGUACAGCAAGUGUUGUAUUUGUACGUGGAAAUAAAUUAUAUAUUGGACAUGUUGGAGAUUCAUCAAUUGUUAUAGGUGAAGGUGAAACAUUGUAUAAAUGUUGGAAAGCAAAUCGUACAACACGUGAUCAUAAACCAGAAGAUCCACUUGAAUUAAAACGCAUACGUGAAAGUGGUGGAAAUGUUCUUUGUAAAGCUGGUGUUCAUCGUGUUGUUUGGAAUAGACAAAAAUCAAUAACAUCAUCUAAUUAUUAUCGAAAUGAACAUGUUAAAACAACAUAUGAAUAUGAACAAAUACCAUUUUUAGCUAUAUCACGUGCAUUAGGAGAUUUAUGGAGUUUAAAUAAACAUACAAAUCUUUAUUCUGUUUCACCUGAACCGGAAUUAACUGUUAUUGAAAUAAAUCCAAAUAAACAUCGAUGUUUAAUAUUAGCUAGUGAUGGUCUUUGGAAUAUGAUAACACCAGAAGUAGCUGUAGAAAUUGUUAGAAAUUGUGAUGUUAAAACGGAAGAAAUGAUUUUAAAUUCUGAGGAUGAUGAUGAUCGUCCAUUUCGUAAUCCAUCACAUGAACUUGUACAAAAAGCAUUAGUUUUAUGGAAAGAAAGAAUGUUACGUGCUGAUAAUAUAACUUGUAUUACAGUUAUGCUUGAUCCACCUGGACCACCAUUUAGUGAAUGUAUUUUAAAUAAGAAAAAACAAAUAUCUUUAUCAACAUAUUCAGUUUGUUCAGAUGGUACAGUUGAAGUUGAUCAUGUAUCAUCUAUGCUUACAGGUGAAACGCCUCAAAAACCUAAACUUGCUGUACAACAUAAAGAACAUAUUCUUACACCAAUUUCGAAUGGAUCGACACCUAUGCGAGUAAGUGGAUUUUACAGCUUCUAA